AUGCAGAACGAUAAGGACAGCAGGAUGAUGACAAAACGCAAGACCAGAAGUUCUUCCAAAUUAAUGGAUGAAUCUCGAGGAAAGAAAGGUAGAACUGAAGAUGGUGUGAUCCAGAUUGAUGGUGAUUUGCAGGCAGAUACCAGAUUUUCUUACUUACAAUUCGACAAGAAGGGUGAAACAAAGUUUACACUCCCAACACUUCUCAAGUACACUAGAGAGGAAGUGAACAUUGCCCACUACAUAUUUGCGAAGGAUCUUCCACAAAAGGAAGUCCUGGUUGAAACCAUGAUGCAAUCCUAUACACGAAAGGUGUUGCGGUCCCUCUGCCCUAAGUCUAAUGUCGAUGAUGAUGUAAUUACAGCCAUGGCUUGCCAAUUGAGCCUGGAGGAAGUUUGGAGGGAUGUUGGAGAUGGAAGAGUAGUCUGUUAUCUGCCUGCUGAACUACAAGAAAUGGUAAUUAACUAUGGCAUGACAUAA